UAAUUUUUUUUUUUUUUUGAAUAUUUAAACAAUAUUGAACUAUUGCAAUAAAUUAUUAAAAGUAUUAAUCUUCUUGUCAUUUGAACAAUGUCUGACCUUGAUAACGAGCCAGUUAUUAUAAGUGAAAAAUUGCUUACUCAAUGUGUGAGAGAACAAGGCCCAAAAGGGGAAGCAGGAGAAAUUGCAAAAAAAGAAGAAAUUGACUUCAAAAAUGUAAAAGAGUUGGCUCUUGAUUAUAAAAAUAUAUUAAAGAUUGAAAACUUGUGGCAAUUUACUCAGUUAACUAAAUUGCAACUUGAUAACAAUAUAAUAGAGAAAAUUGAAGGGCUUUCAUCACUUGUUCAUUUAGAGUGGUUAGAUUUAUCAUUCAACAACAUUGAAUAUAUAGAAGGACUUGAUAACCUAACACAGCUGAAAGAUUUAACAUUGUUUAAUAAUAGAAUAAGUGUGAUCAACAACAUGGACACACUUGUAAAGCUGAAUGUUCUUUCAUUAGGAAAUAAUACCAUUCACAAUCUAGAAAAUUUAAUUUAUUUACGAAGGUUCAAAUUUCUAAAUGCUUUGAGCUUGGAGGGAAAUCCUAUAUCUAAGGAUAAAGAUUAUCAUGCUUACACCAUUGCUCAUCUUCCUUCAUUGGUUUAUUUGGACUAUAGAUUAGUGGAUUCAGUUAAAAAAAAAACAGCAGUGGAAAAAUAUCGAGACAUAAUAGAUGAGUUAAUACGAAAUGAUGAAAUUUUAGAACAAAAUUUAAAGCAAGAUAUUGAAAAUCAAGCUAGAUUAACAAUCAAUCGUGAAGCAUUUGUUGAUGGUGUAGAAUGCUUUUUUGAUGAAAUGUUAUCAGAAGAUACUGAAGUGGCACAUCUGUCUCAAAUCUCUGGCGUAAAUAGUUUGCUUCAGUCUUACAAGGAAAAUUUUACAAAAGUUUGUGAUAAACUUUUUAAAUAUGGGAUAGAAGAAAGACUGAAAAGAAACUCUGAAACUGAAUUAUUCUUUCUUUGCGUAAAAGAGACAGUAGAACAAAAUCGAAAUGAAAGUGUGAGUCACAUUGAAAAGUUUAAACAUGAUAAAGAACAGAUUUUUACAGAGUUGCUUAAUGUCACAGAACAAGACAAGGUUGAGAUGCAUCUAACUGAACUUUCUGAAUCUGUUACCCAGCUUUGGAAUGUGUUAAUGAACUUAGAGAUACAGCUAGUUGAUCAGUUAGAGGAAACAAUCAAAGAUUUUGAAAGAAACAUGUUGGAUAUGGCUGGUUCAUUCGUUGAAAAUGUGCAACAAAUAGUUAAUCAACUUAGAGAACUGGAAAAUAAAAAUCAUGAAGUUUUAUCUGAAAUUGCUAUGAACACUCUUGAGAAAUUUAUGAAAAAUGAGCUUGAAGAGGAAAUUUCAGAUGAUAUCAAAUUUCUUUUUAUUGAUAAGGAUACGGUUAUGAACGCUGUUUCAGCAUCUCAUGAUUCGCACCUUUUUAAAAUUGAUUGUAAAGAAGAUGAUAUUGUCACUCGCAUAAAUGCAAACAUUCGAAACCUUAUUGAGGGUCUUCAUGCAGACGAAAUCAAAAGAAAUCGUUUACGCGUGUGUGAAAUUAAUUAUCUUCUUGAUCAUUUUCGAGAUGAAAUUGAAUCUUUUGAUGAAACAAACGAGUUUUAAUUACAUGUAAUGUAAUAAUGGGUUUUAACCUUGUAAAUUUAUUGUUAGAUAUAAAAUUAUAAUAUAUAUUUGUAACAAAUAUGAUGUAUUUGUAUUAUAUAGAAGGUAUAAAUGUAAAUUUAUUUAAAAGUUCCUAUUUUAUGGUUGUUAUAAAUUCAUAUGUUGAAUAAUUUUUUAAUUUUUUAA